CAGUGAAGGAUGGACAUGGCCAGUGAAGCAAUCGAGACCUCAAAGUUUUUAAAAGAUAAAGAGAACGGUAUAAAUGAAUCUGAAAAGCGAGAGGAUGUGGAAUCGUCGGAUACUUUAUGUGGUUUUUCCAUAUUCAAGGGGCCUGCAAUACAGAGAUUUGCCACAGCUCAUAUGUUCGUGAUUAUAUACGGGAUAGCUAGCUGUUUUCUGGCCAUGGCCUUUACCUAUUUUACCGGAACCAUCACCACGAUGGAGAAGCGUUUCAAUAUACCCACCAAGAUAUCGGGACUCAUUACGGUGGGUAACGAUAUCAGCACAGUUUUCUCCUCGGCCUUUCUGAGUUACUAUGCAAGUCGAGGACAUCGCCCUCGUUGGGUAGCUUUGGGUCUCAUCAUUAUUGCACUUUUCUGCCUGCUCAUGUUGACCCCACACUUCUUCUACGGAGCCGGUGAAGAAGCUCUAAGACUGACUGAAGAGUACGGAGAGUUGGAGUCCGUUGAGUCAUCUUUAAAUGCCACAGAAAAGAAUGAUGCACUUUGCCAUGAAAAGGACUCGAACUGCAUAGAGGGGGAUGGGAACUACACACCCAUCGUCCUGUUCUUCAUAGCACAGUUCAUAGGUGGCAUUGGGUGUUCCUUGUUCUACGCUCCCGGUCUCUCCUACAUGGAUGAUAACUCAGCCAGUUCCAAGACGCCAGCUAUGCUAAGUUGGUCCACCUUUCUGCGAAUGCUUGGUCCUGCUAUGGGUUUCUCCAUGGUCUCCCUGUGUCUCCGGCUGUACAUCGAUCCCUUCAAGACUCCACUGAUCACGACAAAAGAUCCCCGCUGGAUGGGAGCUUGGUGGUUAGGCUGGAUUCUCCUCACCUUUAUUCUGCUGAUCUCAGCAGUCUUUGUGGGCAUGUUUCCCAAGGAAAUGCCAAAAGCCAAGGCCAGACGUUUGAAGGCAGACGGAGAGGAGGACACUCCGCUGGCGGAGCGCUCCUUUCAGGAUAUGCUGGACUCCCUGAAACGACUAGCAGGCAACAAGGUCUAUGUCUACAAUAUGCUGGCCUCGAUACUCUACUUCUUUGGCUACAUGCCCUACUGGAUUUUCACUCCCAAGUAUAUCGAGAUCCAGUACCGACAAUCGGCAUCGACGGCCACUAUGGCGACGGGAACUUGGGCGCUGGGAUUCUCCGCCGCAGGGGUCUUGAUCUCUGGAUAUGUGAUCUCCAAGUAUAAGCCAAGUGCCAGAGCAAUGGCUUUUUGGAACUUUGUAGUAGAUUACCUAACAGUGGCUGGACUCCUCUGUUAUGUCUUGGUGGGAUGUGAUGAGAGUGACCGGGCUAACUCUUUAUCCAUUGUUCCCAGUGGCGACAGCUGCAGUGCCUCAUGUGACUGUGAAUACGUUUACUACUCUCCGGUCUGCAGUCCGGAUGAUAUCACCUACAUCUCAGCCUGCCAUGCGGGGUGCACCGAAAAGGGUUUGGACGAACUGGGAAAGAUCAUUUACACAGGCUGUCGGUGCAUGGGCAACUCCCUUAACCUGACUUCCUUUUCUAAUGUAACAUCCUUGGCCUCGCAGUCCCAGAUCGCCUUGGAUGGAGCCUGUCCGGUGGAUUGCAAUAAACAGUUCAUCAUCUUUAUGGCAGUCAUGUGCUUCUUGAAGUUCGUAGGAGCCACUGGGAGAUCUAGCAACUUACUAUUGGCCUUGCGUUGUGUUCCCUCGAGAGAUAAAACCUUUUCCUUGGGCUUUGGUAGCAUGGUGUACUCCGUGCUGACCUUUAUUCCCAGUCCUAUUGUCUUCGGCUGGAUGCUGGAUAGCUAUUGCCUGGUGUGGGGCAAGACCUGCAGCUCCAAGGGCAACUGCUGGAUAUACGACACAAAGUCCUUGAGGUACACCAUGAACCUGGUGUGUGCCUCCCUGAUUUUCCUGGGCAGCUUCUGGAAUAUAGGAGUCUGGUAUCAUGCGAAAGAUAUGAAGGUGUUCGACGAAGAGGAAACAGUACCUAAGAACAAGCAAGAUGAAGCAAUAGAGCUGAAGAAAAGAUCACAGGAAAAUGUUCACGAUGAGAAAUAAGAGUUAUCAAAUAAAAAUAAAGAGCUUAUUUAUAGUA